AACAAGUUUCUAAGGCGAAGAAAGAAAAAUGAUGAUCCAAUGUGAAAGGUCUUCAUCGGUUUUGAAAUCAUUGCUCCAAAUCGUAUCUCCAUGUAAACGAGAUUUGGGUAGCUUUCGCAGACUUUGGCAACAUUCUGAGUCCACUUUCUGUGUUAUAGACGACAGGAACCUUCUGAGGCCGAGUCUCAACUCCAAAACCGGUCUUCACGUUCUGGACCUCAUUGACUGCGGUUCGCUCGAACCGGAUCGAACCCUGUACAACACGCUCUUAAAGAGGUGCACCCAAUUGGGGAAGCUCAAAGAAGGAAAACUAGUGCACUUCCACGUUCUCAACUCCAACUUCAAACAUGACCUUGUUAUUCAGAACUCCCUUCUCUUCAUGUACGCCCGCUGUGGCAGUUUGGAAGGCGCGCGCCGCCUGUUCGACGAAAUGCCGCACAGGGACAUGGUCUCUUGGACCUCCAUGAUCACCGGCUAUGCUCAAAACGACCGCGCCAGUGACGCCCUCCUGUUGUUUCCUCGGAUGCUUAGUGAUGGCGCGGAGCCGAACGAGUUCACGUUGUCGAGCUUGGUGAAGUGUUGUGGGUAUAUGGCGAGUUAUAAUUGUGGGAGGCAGAUUCAUGCGUGUUGUUGGAAGUAUGGAUGUCACUAUAAUGUGUUUGUGGGGAGUUCCCUUGUGGAUAUGUAUGCUAGGUGUGGCUACUUAGGGGAGGCAAUGUUGGUUUUCGAUAAGUUGGGGUGUAAGAAUGAGGUUUCUUGGAAUGCUUUGAUAGCCGGUUAUGCUAGGAAGGGGGAAGGAGAGGAGGCUUUGGCUUUGUUUGUGAGGAUGCAAAGGGAAGGUUAUAGGCCGACUGAGUUUACUUAUUCGGCGCUUUUGAGUUCUUGUUCCAGUAUGGGCUGUUUGGAGCAAGGGAAAUGGCUUCAUGCGCAUUUGAUGAAAUCGGGUCAGAAGUUGGUUGGUUACGUGGGGAACACGCUACUUCACAUGUAUGCAAAGUCCGGCAGCAUCCGGGAUGCGGAGAAGGUUUUUGACAAGUUGGUGAAAGUCGAUGUUGUUUCUUGCAAUUCGAUGCUGAUAGGGUAUGCCCAACAUGGGCUUGGGAAGGAAGCUGCACAGCAAUUUGACGAAAUGAUAAGAUUUGGGAUUGAACCCAAUGAUAUAACAUUCCUCUCUGUUCUUACUGCUUGUAGCCAUGCUAGACUUUUGGAUGAGGGUAAACAUUAUUUUGGAUUGAUGAGAAAGUACAAUAUUGAACCAAAAGUGUCACAUUAUGCGACAAUUGUUGAUCUUCUUGGCCGAGCUGGUCUUCUUGACCAAGCAAAGAGUUUCAUAGAAGAAAUGCCAAUUGAGCCCACUGUGGCUAUCUGGGGUGCUUUGCUUGGUGCUUCCAAGAUGCAUAAGAACACCGAAAUGGGUGCUUAUGCUGCUCAGCGGGUUUUUGAGCUUGAUCCUUCAUACCCAGGGACACAUACAUUGCUUGCCAAUAUUUAUGCCUCAGCUGGGAGGUGGGAGGAUGUUGCAAAAGUCAGAAAGAUAAUGAAAGAUAGUGGAGUGAAGAAGGAGCCAGCAUGUAGCUGGGUUGAGAUUGAAAAUUCUGUCCAUGUGUUUGUGGCAAACGACGUUGCUCAUCCUCAGAAAGAAAAGAUCCAUAAAAUGUGGGAGAAGCUUAAUCAGAAAAUUAAGGAGAUUGGCUAUGUUCCUGACACUAGCCAUGUGCUUCUGUUCGUAGACCAACAAGAGAAGGAACUAAAUUUACAGUAUCAUAGUGAGAAGCUGGCUCUUUCAUUUUCCCUUCUGAAUACUCCUCCUGGAUCCACUAUACGCAUUAUGAAGAAUAUUAGGGUUUGUGGUGAUUGCCACUCAGCAAUAAAAUAUGUGUCAUUGGUGGUGAAGAGGGAAAUCAUUGUGAGAGACACCAAUCGGUUUCAUCAUUUUCGUGAUGGCUUCUGCUCGUGUGGGGAUUACUGGUAGUGCCAAUUAUUAUCAAUAUCAUCUAAUCAUUGAGAGGUAUCAUGGGAUAGUUUUUGUUCCAAAUAUCAUACCCAAUUGCUCUGCUUCUACUUGACUUUGCGAAAUUCCAUUCUUAUUACGUGGUGACACAGUCUCCAUUUGCUUGAAGGUUGUGUCUAAAGGUUCAAGUAAAUGUAAGUCUUGACCAUGACUAUGGUUAUAAUUCAUUUGAAACAUAAAUAUAUGGGCUAGUGAGAUGUACCUAACUUUUUUUUAGGUAGAAGGUGAGGUUGUUACAUACUUACAUGCAUUUAUUGAGUUAUCUUUUGAGAUACAUUUAAAAUUCAUACUUUACCCGUUGUAUACUUUUUUGUGCUCACUCAUACAUGAGUCUGAAAAGUUUUCAUAUUUUUCUUUUGAUUUGAAUUAAUUAAUAUUCAUUCAAUAAUAUUCUUGUUGACUGCUUU